AUGAAGGCAUUUCUUGCACGGGAUAGAGUUGCCGAGUCGGCGUCUACGUCCGAUGACGAGACCGUAGUCGCCGUCCAAGAUGGAGUCCGCUUGAAUGCCGCGGGCUACAAGGAUCAAUUAAAUCGCCAAUAUGGUUUCUUUGGACUGGCAAGCAUGGCUCUGACGGUGGAUAACGCCUGGGUUGCCUUGGGAUCGUCCAUUUCUGUGUCAAUUCUCAACGGUGGCCCACCCGGCAUCAUUUACGGCCUCCUCGUCGCCGUCUUUUACUACUCCCUCAUCGGCUUGAGUUUAUCAGAGCUCGCUUCAUCAGUCCCCACGGCGGGCGGCGUCUACCACUGGGCCACCAUCGCCGGCGGUCCUCGCUGGGGCCGAGUCCUCGGUUUCUUCACCGGGUGGAUCAACUUCUACGGCUGGCUCUUCUCGCUCGCAGCCCUGCUGCAGAUCUCGAGCAAUGUGGCCGUGAGCAUGUACGCCGUCUGGAACUGGGACACCUACGUCAGCCAGCCCUUCCACGUCUUCAUCGGGUACCUCAUCAUCCUCUGGGGGUGCGCGGCUUUCAUUGUUUUUGCCAACAAGUAUGCUCCGUACACCCAGCAAGCCGGAACGAUCUUCGUAUUGAUCGGCGGCGUCGUCACCAUUAUCGUUCUGGCGGCGAUGCCGAAGCAACAUGCGAGUAAUCACUUUGUAUGGGGCUCUUUCGACGAGAAUAAUGCCACAGGGUGGUCAGGGGGCGUUGCUUUUCUCCUGGGUGUUCUUAACGGCGCCUUCACGAUUGGGACUCCUGACUCGGUAACCCACAUGGCUGAAGAGAUGCCACAUCCCAAAAAGGAUCUCCCAAAGGCUAUCCUUUUGCAGAUAUCCCUGGGCUUCGUUUAUGCCUUCUGCUUCGCCGUCGCAUUGUCGUACGCAAUCACGGACAUUACGGCUCUCCAAGGAGGCUUCAACUCUUUCCCGCUGACCAACAUUUACGUGCAAGCCACUACCAGCAGCGAUGGAAUCCGAAACCCAGGCGCAGCGUUUGGUCUGCUAUUCAUCAUGCUGGGCUGUACGCUGACGUGUUGCGUGGGCCUGACUUUGACGGUUUCGAGAACCUACUGGGCGCUCGCACGCGAUAAUGCUGUGCCACUAUCCAAUGUCUUCGCUCAGGUGAAUGAGCGCCUGAGCUGUCCUAUUUGGUCAACCUUGUUUGUCUGCGUCGUCGCAACCGGACUGGGCGCCAUACCCCUCGGAAGCUCAGCAGCCUUCCUAGCACUGGCAAGCUCGUUCAUCAUUCUGACAUCCGUCUCAUACGCCAUCCCAUUCGCAGCGAACAUGCUCUCGGGGCGAAAGUACUUCCCUCGUGGACCCUUCCAUCUGGGAAAGGCGGGAUACAUCAUCAACGGAAUGGCCGUGCUAUUCAUUGUCUUGUUUGAUAUUAUGUUUUGUUUCCCAUUCGUGUUGCCCACAACGGUAGCGACGAUGAACUGGAGUGCAGUCAUUCUGGUGGGAACUGUGGCGAUCACGGGACUGUGGUGGGCGGUCCACGCGGUCCAUCAUUAUCCUGGACCCAAGGUUAUGGAUCUUUACAUUGCUACCGAAGGUGUAAGCCCUGUCGCCACGGAGAAGAACACCACGGCUGUCGCUUCAAAUGGAUGCGUCAUGGUCCCUGUCAUCCUUAUCGAUAAGAAACCAUCGUUUGCCGCAAAGAAUCUCGAGCUUCCUCGGUCGCAUUUCUCUCUUUCCCACCAAUUCUCCCACAUCAUUCUGCCCCCCUUCGUUGACUCUCUCCCCUCGAUCUUCGCCCACACCACUAUACGCACCAGCUUCGGCACAAUGGGAUCAUCCUCUUCAAAAGCCGCGCAAGGCGCCGCGCGCAAAUUCCCGACCCGCGCUCCGGGCGCUGUACCACCACCGUCAACCGCCGCGAGAGCAGCUCCCGCUGCCCCUCCGACGCAGCCCGCGCAGGCUCAAUCGCGGGCGAAGACGGCGACACUCAAACCAGAGGGUUCGUCUCAUUCUCUAGAUAGCGGACUUGUAUUUCAAAAAGCUGACCGCCACCACCCAGAUCUCACAUCCGCCACAACCACCACAAAUCCCGAAGUCACCGCCGAAUUCUCCUCGCGCCUCCGCCAAAUGGGCAUCGUCCAGCCGAACCCAACCUUCUCCUCCACGUCAACAGCCAGCGCCGGCCCCAGUCCCGUCGCAGGCAGCCGCCCCGGCCCAAGUCCUCACGCCGACUUGAUCCAGAAUCCGGGCCCCUUAUUCCCUUCCACAUCCCGCAACGCGACGCUCGGCACCCUCGAAGCCAGGCGCCGGCUGCAGCAGGAAGCCGAUGCUGAGUUUGACGGGCUCGGACGCAGUAGCAGCGGCGGCAGAGAGUUUCUGGAUUUGAAGACGAUUAUCCAGAUGCACCUCAUGCGCGAGAGGGGACACUCGCCCGCUGAGAUUGAGGCGAGGUUAGAUUUGAAGGCUGGGGUUGUUGCGAGGUUGGGUCGGAUUGGGAUCACGUCGCCUGCUUGA